AUGUUGGGCCAAAGUAUCCAGAGGUCCACCACCUCCAUGGUCCAUCGCAGCCACUAUGAGGAGGGUCCUGGAAAUGGAAAGAAUUUGCCAUUUUCAGUGGAAAACAAGUGGCGGUUUCUGGCUAUGAUGAUCGUGUACUUUGGAUUUGGAUUUGCUGCUCCUUUCUUUAUAGUAAGGCACCAACUACUUAAAAAGUAA